AUGCUGCCGCGCCUGCUGCUGCUCGUGCUGUGCGCAGGGGCCCUGGCUCAGGAUGCGAGACUCCGGCUGGAGGCGCCCGAGUCGGUGGCGGUGCAGGAGGGCCUGUGCGUCUCUGUGCCCUGCUCGGUCUCCUACCUCCAGUACGGCCGGACUGACUCUGCCCCAGCUCGUGGCUCCUGGUUCUGGGAAGGGGCUGAUAUACACCGGGACGCUCCAGUGGCCACAAACGACCCAGCUAGGAAAGUGCAGGAGGAGACCCAGGGCCGAUUCCACCUCCUGGGGGAUCCGGGGAGGAACAACUGCUCCCUCAGCAUCAGAGACGCCAGGAGGAGGGACAAUGGGUCGUACUUUUUUCAGGUGGAGCGAGGAAGGAUGAAGUGGAGCUACGUAGAAAACAAGCUCUCUGUGCAUGUCACCGCCCUGACCCACACGCCCGACAUCCUCCUCCCGGGGACCCUGGAGUGCGGCCGCCCCAGCACCCUGACCUGCUCUGUGCCCUGGGCCUGUGAGAAGGGCACACCCCCCAUCUUCUCCUGGAUGUCAGCUGCCCCCACCUCCCUGGGCCCCAGGACCACCCGCUCCUCGGUGCUCACUCUCACCCCACGGCCCCGGGACCACGGCACCAGCCUCACCUGCCAGGUGAAGUUCCCUGCAGCUGAUGUGACCAUGGAGAGAACCAUCCAGCUCAACGUGUCCUGCCCUGGUCUGUUCACGCAGGGUGAGGUCCCUCAGGAGGAAUGUGGCACAGGCAGCAGUCAUGGAGAAUGUAUACACUGUCAUGAGCUAAUCCCUCAGCACAGGCCUCCAGACUGGGCCUCCAGAUGUGUCCUCAUCCUGCCCCGCACAGUGUGGACGGCCGUGCCUCCCCCAUUGCUGGAGAACGAGGGACCACAGGAACCGUCCGCCGCAGAGAUGCUGCUGCCACUGCUGCUGCCCCUGCUGUGGACACCCCUGACCCCCACGCCCGACAUCCUCUUCCAGGAGACCCUGGAGACCACCCGCUCCUCCGUGCUCACUCUCACCCCACGGCCCCAGGACCACGGCACCAGCCUCACCUGCCAGGUGAAGUUUCCUGGAGCUGAUGUGACCACGGAGAGAACCAUCCAGCUCAACGUGUCCUGGUCUGUGCUGGCUGUGGCCAUGGCUGGGCUUUCCGAGUCAAAUGGCUGCAGGACAGGCCUGCAGUUGGACACACAGGAACACCAGAAGAUGUCCAAGUGCCAUGGCUCCACUGACCCAUCAAGCUCUCUGGGGGCCGCCUCCACCGUGGGGAUGAAGGAGGAGCUGUGGUUUGCCUCCCUCAGCUUCCCUGGGACGAAUCCUUCAAAGGGCACCUCCAGCUGCUACUCAGAGAUCAGAACUAGUGAGGAAGUGGCAGGAGCACUGGACUGAGCGAGAAGACCCACAUCCUCCAUGGGAAAGGCCAAAG